UCCCCCAGCCUCGCCUCGCCUCCCCGCGCGCGCUGCCGCGGCCGGCGACCGGCGGCUGCCUGGCCUCAUUCCGCUGCCCUGAUGCCCUCCGUCUCGGUUCCAAGUGUUGGCUCCGCUCAUCUCGUCGCAGGUCAUUGAACCAUAUAUAUAAAAAGGUUGUUUACAAUGGGGAUUUCAUCGAAGUGGUUUAAAUCACUGGUUGGUAUAAGGAAGCAAGAAAAGGCACAGAGUGCAGAAAAACAAGAAAAGGCGCAAAAUGCCAAGAGCAGCGAAACUAGAACCCCGGCUGCCCAAUUGCUUUACAAACGGAAACAUUCUUUGGAUGCUGAACGUGCAACCAUAGUAGAGCUUACAGUGCAGAGUGAACCAUUGACUGAUGACACCAACACAAAGACAGUUUCAAAUUCUAUUUCUUCAGACAUUACAUUGCUUGGAGCACAUGUUUCUCAGACUGAAGAACGUAACACUAAAGAGGAUUUGGCUGCAAUAGUCAUUCAGUCUGCCUUUCGAGCAUUCCUGGCUAGACGGGCUUUACGAGCAUUGAAAGGGAUAGUUAUACUACAGGCCCUUGUAAGGGGUUAUAUCAUAAGAAAGCAGACAGCUGAAACACUUCAGUGUAUGCAAGCACUACUGAGAGCUCAAGCUCGUGUCAGAGCAAGACAAGUUUGUGUUUCUUUAGAGAAUCAAAUUGCACGGAAGAAGAGUCCUGAACAAGAUGAUCAUGAGGAUCAUGUUCGAGAAAUUGAGGAAGGCUGGUGUGGCAUUAUUGGUUCUGUUGAAGAAGUGCAAGCUAAAGCAUUGAAAAGGCAGGAAGCUGCUGCUAAGCGUGAGAGAGCAAUGGCAUAUGCUUUGACACAUCAGCGACAAGCAGGUUCUAGGCAACAGAAACCUACUACUCCACAAGGACUUGAACUUGACAACGACAACUGGGGAUCAAACUGGUUGGAGAGGUGGAUGGCUGUACGUCCAUGGGAGAACAGGUUACUUGAUAGCAACGCCAAAGAGACACUUCCACUAUGUGAUGAUAAGCAGGACAUGGAAACAAAGUCUCAGAUAACACCAAAGGGCAAAGUACAGGUUUCAAAUACCCUGUCUAAUGGUUUGAUCAAGAAGAAAGGCAUUAACCACAAAAAAUCAUAUUCUGAUGUGACUUGUACUUCAUUUGGACGGUCGGCAAAUAUACCUUCCACAUCUAUGGGGUCAUGCAAACAGAAGUCAAAGCUGUCAGAUGAAGCUUUUGAUGAAGUCAGCUCCCAGCCAACAGAUCUACCUUCUCUGUCCAUGCGCAAUCCAAAAGACAGGCAUGCACAAGCAAAUACACCUGUCAAUAAGCGGUUAUCUCUGCCAACUAAUGUUGGUGGGGGAGCAGCAAAGGGCACGACCAACAGUAGUUCGAUGAGCAGAUCCACCAGUGCCAAGUCUGAUCCAAAACCACGGGCAACUGUUUCUAACCAAGCCAGGAAGCAAGUCAAGGUGCAGGCCUGAUUGCACAGUUCCCUUUCCACUCUGACUUUGCUCUGCAUGAUUGAGAUCUCCCCUUUUAUCAAGUGUGGUGUGUGGAAGUUUCUUGUGAACGGUGCUCCUGCCUUUGCAGAGCAUCAGGCUCUGCUGCUUGCUACAUCUUUGGGGUGCAAUCAUUCAGGUCAAAGCUGAAUUUGCAGAUUUCUUUUAUGAUUGACAAUACAGGUGAGGGUUGGGGUGCCUUUGAAUGUAAAAAGAAAAAAAGAACUAGCUUUCCUUGAUCCUCCCUCUGUUGUGAUCAUGUGCUGUGUCAUGUGUGGUCUGUCUGCCUCUCCAUGCUGUUGUGGGGGUGCUGGUAGUACAUGCUGGGUGCAUGAAAUUCAGAUGUUGAGUAUUCUUAUCUUAUACCUAAGUAAAAUUAUUCAGUUCUAGAGAACAAUGCUGAAUUCACAUAUCAUAAUCAGUCUAAU